AUGAUUUUCAAUGCCCAGUUUCAGCUGCUAUUAUUAGCCCUUUUGGUGAAACCACUUCUGGGACAACAACAGACCACAAACGGGGAAACAGAAGCUGGUGUCAGCUCAGAUAACAGUACCAGAAGUACGUUGACGCCAUCUACAUCGCAGUUGAGCUCGCAAAGUGUGCGAACUUCCCUGACUUCACUGGACUCCCUGAGCUCCAGUAGCUCGAGUUUCAGCUUCAGUUCAAGCGCAAGCGUAAGCUCGUUUCUGUCUUCGACCGGGGAUUCAUCGUCCCUAGAUCUGUCUUCAACAUUGCUGCAUGAGAACACGCCGUCCAGCACCAGUCUGCCCACGAACACCUCGUCGAGUUUCUCUUCUACGUCGACAAUUUCCUCCUCUUCGGGAAGAAAUUCCAGCACAAGUUCUCUGGACGACACAACCACUUCAACGUCGUCCGAAGAUGAAGACACCACCAGUUCGACGUCGAGCUCCUCCAGACGGUCCUCUUCGACGAAGUUCAGCUCUUCGACUUCUACUUCCAGCUCGUCCUCCGAUCAACUCACUUCAUUUUCGUCAAGCACCCCGACCUCUUCCCACGGCCGCGUGACCAUCACGUCCGUGAUUAAUGGUGUUACCAUCUUGUCGGACCGCUUCACCACAGUGACUUAUACACCAACAGCCACGGCUGACGCAAAGGCCAACCAUCACAGUGGUCUUAGCGAGAAAAACAAGCAUGUUGUCAUCGGUGUCGUAGUCGGUGUGGGUGUCCCACUUUUGAUCCUCAUUGCCGUGUUGAUAUAUAUCUACUGUAUCAAGCCAAAGAGAACGAACUUCUUGAACUCAGAAGGUAAGGUGGUCACCGCCUACACCUCAGGGAAAGUUCCUAAGUGGUGGAAACGCUUCCUGGGUAAACAGACAGAUGAAUAUGUGACUGAAUCGCCUGAUCCCGGCCUCAACGAUCCUGCCGAUCUGGGUCUCGGUAGAAACAACACUGUCGGUAGACACAAUACAGACAGUCAUAGAAAGUCACACUCCAAUGAGUUGAUGCUGGAAGAAGAAAAAUACUACGAUGAUGACGGUAACGAGUUAAACGGUAGAAACUACUGA